AUGGCGACUCCCGCUCCCGCACCAGAGUCGCCGCCGGCCGCGGAGCCUGCGCCCGCUGUGGGCCCCGCCGCGGAACCCUGCCCGCCGCGCCAGCCUGUUCUCGCUGCCCCGCGGCUUCGAGCCCCCAGCUCCCGAGGACUUGGGGCAGCGGAGUUCGGCGGAGCUGCGGGAGAGGUUGAGGCGCCAGGAGAGACUUUUGCGCAACGAAAAAUUCAUUUGCAAAUUGCCCGACAAAGAGAGCCUUCUCUGCUGCUUAUAAUUCAUCCUACAUCUGCUGAGCCCCUGGUCAGCCCUCACCCUACACCUGCUGAGCCCUUGGUCAGCCCUCACCCUUCAUCUGAUGAGCCCCUGGUCAGUCCUCACCCUUCAUCUGCUGAGCCCCUGGUCAGUCCUCACUCUUCAUCUGCUGAGCCCCUGGUCAUUCCUCACCCUUCAUCUGCUGAGCCCCUGGUCAGCCCUCACCCUAUAUCUGCUGCGCCCCUGGUUAGUCCUCACCUUACAUCUGCCGAGCCAACUGUUCAAAAGCUUCCUCAUUUUGUCCGGUGUUACUGGUAUUGUAAGAACAAGCCGUACCCAAAGUCUCGCUUCUGCAGAGGUGUCCCUGAUGCUAAAAUCCGAAUCUUUGACUUGGGACGGAAGAAGGCAAAAGUUGAUGAAUUCCCGCUUUGUGACCACAUGGUGUCAGAUGAAUACGAACAACUCUCUUCCGAAGCUCUGGAGGCUGCCCGUAUUUGUACCAACAAAUACACGGAAAAGAGUUGCGGCAAGGAUGGCUUUCAUAUUCGAGUGAGGCUUCACCCCUUUCAUGUCAUCCGAAUCAACAAGAUGUAGUCCUGUGCUGGGGCUGACAGGCUCCAAGGUAUGCGUGGUGCCUUUGGGAAGCCCCAGAGCACAGUGGCCAGGGUUCACAUUGGCCAGGUCAUCAUGUCCAUCCGCACUAAGCUGCAGAAUAAGGAGCAUGUGAUUGAGGUUCUUUGUAGAGCCAAGUUUAAGUUCCCUGGCCGCCAGAAGAUCCACAUCUCAAAGAAAUGGGGCUUUACUAAGUUUAAUGCAGAUGAAUUUGAAGACGUGGUUGCUGAGAAGAGACUGAUUCCUGAUGGCUGUGGGGUCAAAUAUAUUCCUAAUUAUGGUCCCUGGAUAAGCGGCAAGCAUACUCUCCUGAGGGCUUUCACGGUGCUCUCCUGUACCCUACCAAAUCAUGUUCAGCAAUAA